CAGAGCCCCAGAGGCUGAGCUGCCCAGAACCCCAGAAACUUGAGUUGCCCAGCCGAAUAAACUGAGCUGCCAGUGCCCCAGAGACUGAGCUGCCCUGGGUCACAGAAUUACGACCAGUCAGUGGUUCAGCCAACACCUGUUCCUGGUUUCCAAUCAGCAGCCCGGCCGUCUCCUGCUCCUCAUGUCCCGGCUGACUCGUGUUCUCGCUGCUCAGCUCUAUCAUCCUGCUGCCAGGAGACCCAGAAACUGAGUUGUCCAGCCCCAGAAACUGAGCUGCCAGAGCCCCAGAUACUGAGCUGCACAGUGCUACAGAGACUAAGCUGCCCAGUACCACAGAGACUGAGCUGCCAGAGUCCCAGAUACUGAGCUGCACAGUGCUACAGAGACUAAGCUGCCCAGUACCACAGAGACUGAGCUGCCAGAGUCCCAGAGACUGAGCUGCACAGCGCUACAGAGAUUGAGCUGCCCAGAGCCCCAGAGACUCAGUUGCCCUGCGCCACAGAAUUACGACCAGUCAGUGGUCCAGCCGACACCUGUUCCUGGUUUCAGCAGCCCGGCUGUCUCCUGCUCCUCAUGUCCCGGCUGACUCCUGCUGCUUGUGCACAGUCCGAGGUCCAGCUCCUUGUGUCCAGGUGGCAAUCUAGCCAGCACCCGUUCCUGCUAAGCUGCAAGCCCAGGCAGGUGGAGCCCCUGGCUUCCAGUCGUACUGCCUUUUCACUUGCCUCUUGUCCCGCACUCCAGCCACCAGACUUCGGUCCUGAUCUCCAGUCAUGUCACAAGGCUACAGACCUGAUCAGACCUGGCUCCUGAUCGACCUCCAGAGUAGUCCUGCCUUCGCAGCCUCCAGAGUCGUCCUGCCUUUGCUGCUGGUCUCCAGCCCGACCUCCACUGUCGGUGUCCUGCUCGCACUGUGGACCUGCUCAGCCCUUGGCCUAUGCCUCUGGGCUGCCUGCCGGACCCGCUCGGCCCUUGGUUCCGGCCUCGUGUUAGUCCUCCUGACAUCCUCCGCUCUUUUGACUUGACCCCAGGCCGCCGCCUGAACUUUCCAGACCUGCUUUUGCCCUGCCCCCAGGCCGCCUGCCUGAGGACCCAUGCUCCUCCUCUGUCAAACCCUCUAGUCGUCCGCCUGAGAGUACAAGUUCCCUUCUUAAGCUACCUGGACGCUUGCUUUUAAAAUAACCUUGACAGACCCCACUAGACAAACUGUUACCCAGCCAGUUGCAUUAAUGUAUUUCGCAGGACGUUUGAUAUCUCUUCAUUAUCCAAACCUGUGGUUUUAACAGUGAUCAGUGCACAUUGAGAGCUUCUGAAUGUUGGUGGAUUUUUAGUUCAUAUUGUGAGUGUGCAGUGUCAGAUAUUAUAACAGGUUGCACUGUUAAGUGUGUUUGAUUAACAAGUACUGGUUCUGUAAAAAUGUCAUCACUACCUUCUGUUCCCCUGGUCUACCAGAACACUCUCUCUUCUUGCCAGUAUCCUGGCUGUGAAACCUGAGCCAGGGGCCAAAUAUAGCCCCCACACAGUGAGAAGUUAGAAACCGGGACAGAUGGGACAGCAGGCCACUGCAGAGGCAGUAUGCAAUUGGAGCCUAAACCUGAGAGAUACUGUCUGACCAAUAAGGCUGCUCUUCUGGAAAGAGACACUUCUUUUUGACUCAUUCUGACUUAAUAAACAAGACAAACCUGGAACCACAAAACCAGGAGAAAGCAUUUGGACACAUAGCCCACUUUAAGUUGUACCUGAGUGUGUUUGAAGGUAGCGACUGAGUUUCAAGAAUCUCGCUCCUGAGCUCAGGGUGGGUGAGUUUGUGCUGCUGCUGCUGCCGUGAAACAUAGCCCAGGAGAUUAAAAAUAACAACAGCUGGUCUUCAGGACGCCAUGAGGCACUGAGUGUCACACUGCAUGUAUAUACACCAACAGCUUCACAUCAUCCUACACGCCAAGAGUGUCCCGAAAGAUCAGAGCUGAAGAGACAUACCUGUUUUAAACUACAUGUGCAUGUAACCGAUACAUCCGAGUCAAAAAGUGACACUAGAACAUUAUGUGUGAACAAUAAGGAAGGAUGCAACAAGUGACAUAAAUGUACAGUACACAAGGAUGCAGGACGGGAGUUGGAAUCAACCACUCCCCAUCUCUGUGCUGCUGAAGGACCCGGCAGGAGGCGGGACUUUGGAGGGUGAUGGCGGUGUGUUUUCUGAGGCAUCCUCUGAUGGGGAACUCUGCCUGGACUCAGUGACAGAGCUGGAUGGGGACUUUGCAGAUCUCACUGCCUUCUUGAGUGCAGAAGAGAUUAAUCGUAGCCUGGACCUCGCCCGGGAAGCGUUUGGUGACACAAUUGAAUCUGAAUGUCCAGGCCCCUCUAAUCCUACAUCCCAGGAGCAGGCUCUCCAACAUGUUCCCUCCAUUCCUGUGCCCCUCCAGACAACUGAGAACCUCACCCCAAGUCCAAACUUGCAGCACCAGACCAAAGCCCCCUGCCCAGAUGACAAUGCAGCAGUUGAAGUCUCUUCCAGCCAGAACACCCCCCUCAAACCCACACAGGUGUUCAGUGAGGCUCCUUCCCCUCCUGAGAAGAUAGUCCGCCACAAACCCAUCCAACCAAUUUAUAAGCAGGAUAAACCCAGGCUGCUUCAUGAGGGCCUGCAGCUGAACGAUCGCGCAGCUUCAGCCACAGAGUUCUGUAGCCGAGCUGCCACGUUCAUUGAGGAGCUGUCAUCCAUCUUCAAAGGUUCUGCACAUUUGGAGCAGCAGGUGGAGGAGGACUCCUCCUCCCCUGAUAGUGGCUAUCUGUCUCCAAGGAGUCAGCGACCAGUCCCUCAGGGCUCAGUCUCUGUUCCUGCUUUGCAUCCCGUUCAACAAGAGGAGAUACAGAAUAGCCAGCCAGUCACAAGGCUGGAGCCUCAGCCUGGAAACUCGACAAUAGUGGCAGCGUCUGCAAGCUACCAACACUCUGGAGCUCCAACCACACAAGGAGCGCUGUCUCCUCCGUGCUUCCUCCAGAAGCUGAAGAGUCAGGAGGUGGCAGAAGGACGCCCCAUUCGUCUGGAAUGCAGAGUCAGAGGAAACCCUCUGCCGCUCGUCAGGUGGUUCUGUGAAGGCCGUGAGCUGCACAACUCUCCUGACAUACAGAUCUUGAGGGAUGGUGACCUGCACACACUGGUGAUUGCUGAAGCCUUUGAGGACGACACAGGACGUUACACCUGCGUGGCUUCCAACAGUCUCGGAGCAGACAACACCUCUGCUGAGGUUUACAUUGAAGGAGCUUCGUCAUCAGACUCAGAAGGAGAAGGAGCUGUUCCAAAGUCCAGAUCAGGAACCAUGCCUCAAGUUCAGAAGAAGAGUACUUCAAUGUCCCUGACUAUACGCUCAUCUUCGCCCAAUAUCCAUGAGGUCCUUCCUCGUCGCUCCACCCUUGUCCAGUCCCUGUCUCAGCCCCCACAGCGGAUGCAGAGCCCAGUGUCGUCUCUGUAUGGUGGUGAUGUGUCAGCUCCUCCUACAUUCACCAAGCUGCUGCAGGACGCCCAGGCAUCUGAGGGCCAGGUGGUGGUUCUGGAGUGCAGGGUACGUGGAAGUCCUCCUCUGCAGGUCAGAUGGUAUCGCCAGGGAGAGGAGAUCCUGGAUUCCCCCGAUUUUCGUAUUCUCCAAAAAAAGCCUCGAUCUGCAGCUGAGCCAGAGGAGAUCUGCACCCUGGUGAUAGCCGAGGCCUUUCCAGAGGAUGGAGGUCUGUUCUGCUGCACCGCUUCCAACCCAUAUGGAUCCAUUAACAGCACAGCCCAACUCACCGUCACUGCAGCAGCUGAAGACUUAUCCAGUAAUGGCAUGUCUGGUGAUAGCUCAGGGUUUGAGGAUGCAGCAGCCUUCCCCCCUCCUCCCCCACCCACAGAAAUCAGUCUCCUAGAGCUGCCACCCAAGACGCUGCCUCAGCCCGGCACUGAGCCUUUCCAUAUCAAGGAGCUUGAGAUUUGGCCCAGUGUGUCAUCUCUGCCUCCAUUACAGAUAGGCUCAGAGGUGGAGGACACGGAUAAGGGAAAAGGGUCUAUACAGAAUGGCCGACCCUCAAAUCCUCCAUCACCACCAAGCCCACCUAAAGCAACCACACCCCCACUCCCACCUCCACCUCCACCUCUGCCACAGUCUGACACUAUGACAGCCCAAAGUCCAGCCCAGGUGGCACCAGCCUCACCUCCAUCCCCAGGCAAGCUGUCUCCAUCCCCUGGGAAGGACGGUCCUCCACUGCCUACCAAGCCUAAACCAAAGCUAGCUGAGAAUAUAGAGGAGGAGACAGAAAAUGACAGGAACGCUUCCCAGCUAAAGCAGCUGCAGGACCAGAUUCUAUUGGAGCAGCAAGAAACAGUCAAUUGGCAGCAGGAGCAGCAGAGCCAGGAAGUCCCACCUCCACCUCAGGAAGUGCCUCAGGAAGUGCCUCCACCAGCUCCACCAUCUCCACCUCUCCCCCCUCCUCCCUCCUUCCAGGAGUUGGAGAGCAACGCAGCCAUGCAGGCCAGCACCUUCAACUACGCCCGGCCCAAGCAGUUCAUUGCUGCUCAGAGCCCCGGUGGAGCGGGCUACGUCACCCAGUCCUCUGGUUCCUCAGGGUCCAGCCUGUCCUCCCCGCUGUCACCUCCCACCUCGCACAAGCCGUUCAGCAGGGUCACUAUGCCCCCCUUCACCAAGGCCAGCAGCGUGGAGUCCCCGAGCUCUCCUUCUUUCCCACCUCCACCUCCACCCUUCCUCAGCUCCAGUAACCUGUCCUCUCCAUCAGGCCCUGCCCAAGACUUCCCUCCCCCUCCGCCUCCUCCCCCUCUGCCCGUCUCCGUGUCUCCAGCCUGCUCAGAUAUGUCCUCGCCGUUCUCCUCCGUCCCUCCAUCCCCAGCCUCCAGCUUCUUGUCCUCAGUGUUGCCCUCCACACCUUCCUCAACCGGCAGUCCUACAGUCAAUGCCCUGGGCCUUCCUAAAGGCAACGGGACUGUCAAAGCGUUCCCCAGAAAGUCCUCUGUCACCAGGACGCCUCGCCUCUCCUCUGACACGGACAUCCAAGGAUCCAAGGACGCUGUCAUCCAGGACUUGGAGAGAAAACUGCGCUUCAAAGAGGAGCGCAUAAGCAAUGGUCAACAGAGGUUAACCUAUGAGGAGAAGAUGGCUCGCAGACUGCUGGGCGCUGACAACGCUGCCACGGUCUUAAACACACAGGACACAGAGGAGGAGCCAGUCACACAGGAAUACAAGUCAUCUGAUAGAGAAUGUUUCCCUCAAAAGGAAUACAAGGUGUCCAGCUUUGAGCAGCGCCUGAUUAGUGAGAUUGAAUUCCGUCUGGAGCGUUCUCCGGUGGAGGAAUCCGACGACGACGUGCAGCACAAUGAAGACUCUGCCGGCCACGGGGUGGCACCAUCUUUCGACCAGAAGCUCAAACACUACAAAGUCUUUGAGGGCAUGCCAGUCACCUUCUCCUGCAAGGUCAACGGAGAUCCCAAACCAAAGGUCUACUGGUUCAAAGAUGGCAAGCAAAUCUCAAAGAGGAGCGAGCACUACAGGAUCAGCCGUGACGCUGAUGGAACCUGCUCCCUGCACACUGCUGCAGCCUCACUGGAUGAUGACGGCAACUACACUAUCAUGGCAGGCAACCCUGAGGGCAGGGUGAGCUGCACCGGCAGGAUGAUGGUCCAAGCUGUGAACCAGCGAGGCCGUAGCCAGCGCUCCACACCUGGACACAUGCGCAGGCCCAGGUCCAGGUCUAGAGAUAGUGGUGAUGAGAACGAUAACAUCCAAGAGCGUCACUUCCGCCCCCACUUCCUGCAGGCACCCGGUGACCUCAUCGUUCAGGAGGGCCGACUGUGCCGGAUGGACUGCAAGGUGAGCGGCCUGCCCACUCCUGACCUCAUCUGGCAGCUGAACGGACAGACCAUCCGCCCCGACUCCGCCCAUAAGAUGCUAGUGAGGGAAAACGGUGUGCACUCGUUGGUCAUCGAGCCCGUGACUAACCGCGACGCGGGCAUCUACACCUGCAUCGCCAGCAACCGAGCGGGCCAGAACUCCUUUAACCUGGAGCUCAUCGUUGCAGCCAAAGAGAUGCACAAGGCCCCUUCAUUUGUUGAGAAGCUGCAGAACACAGUUGUGGCUGAGGGUCAUCCUGUGCGACUGGAAUGUCGCGUCACAGGGGUUCCCUACCCACAAAUCUUCUGGAAAAGGGAGAAUGAGUCUUUCACUCAUAACACAGACAGAAUCAGCAUGCACCAGGACAACUGUGGAUACCUGUGUAUGAUCAUCCAGCCGGCCAUGAAAGAAGAUGCAGGCUGGUACACUGUGUCAGCCAAGAAUGACGCUGGCAUCGUAUCCAGCACUGCACGCCUCGACGUCCACACUCAGUGGCAGCAGCCUAACCUCCCCAAGCCCAAGAAGGUGCGUCCCUCCACCAGCCGCUACGCCGCACUCACAGAGAGAGGGCUGGACGUGAAGGCAGCCUUCUUCCCCGACUCCAGCCCGCUGCAGCCCGGUGGCCUGGUGGAAAGUGAUGACCUGUAGAAACCACAGGGCAGCCGGCAAGAGGAUUUCAACGUCUCCAAAAAAAAAACCUGAAAACUGCCCUUAUUCCAAGCACUCCUGAAAAGACAAAUACUUUAUGAUGGCGACGGGGGUCAGAAUAUAACCAUGUCCACUUGAGGGACUCUAUCAUUGAUACAGAACUAAAUGGUCUGUGGGCAGAGUGAGCUGGUGGUUUUCUUAUGUUGUUAUAGUAUGACACAACCCAUUAUAUUACAGAAAGUUGUUUCCCCAAGCUUCAUUUUAUAAACUGGACCUGGAAAAUGAUUGUUUGCGUUUACCACGAGGAAAGACUGUUCAUACACAUGCUCUCUCAUGUUUCAUGAACUGUGCGGUUGACUCUGUUUUGCAAAGGGUUGUCUUUUUAAGUGCCUCUCAUGUCUGUAAAGAUAAAACAUGAAAUGAAUUACUAUGCAUGUUCAAGUGGUGCCAUUUGAAAUACACGGACUAAUACUGUAUCUAUACAUAGCACUCCGGAGAAAAGACGACUUAAAAAGACUGAAUGACUCAAAGCAUGGUAGCUUUGACGAAGGAGAUCACAAACUUUUAUUAUGUGGGCUUGUGUAGCAUAGUGCCGAUAUCUACAGUAUCUGGUUAUUGUUGGAGUAUCAUACAGUUUGCUUACAGAUAUUGGGAAAGGCCGGGCCUUAUAGACCGUAUGUUUGCCAUGUUUAGUGUUUUAUUAUUGUUUUUGUUUUGCAAAAGAAAUGAGGUUUGGGAAGAAAGAACAUGUGGAUGUGAUUGGUUGCGUUGUGGGUGCAGCAGAACUUAAGGAAAUUUGGAUCUAACAGACACAGGAAGGAAAAAGCAGGUUUUUUUGACGGACAUCAACUUUAAUGUGGUAAGUCAACACUUGAUAGGAAGGAUGUGAUUGGCUGCGGCAGUGGUGAUGAUGACAGUUGUGAUUUAUUUUCUUCUUUUGACGGUUUAUUUUUAAAAGUGUGAAUUGAAAUGUUCUCACUUGAGAGAGGGUGCUGUGAAAGGUUUCGGUGUAUUUGUCACACAUCACAGAUUGUCCAUUUUAUUUUUGUAUGGAAAAAAAAACACUCUACUUUCCCAACAAUCUUGACAUAAAUUAUAUCAGCAACCUUUUGUUAACUGAUAAAACAAUCUUUUCUGUAUCAUGAAGUUUUAUAAAUAUAUUUACUGCCUUAAAUCACUUGUAGGCUUAAUGCAAACACAAUUUCUUUGCAUGUUACUUUUGGGCACUUGUACAGUGCCAACAACGUUUUUCGGGAUGUACAAACACAACUUUUUUCCCCCAGUAUUCAAGGGUACAAAAGUGAAAGGCAAGGUAUAUUUAUAUCAACUAUUUUCGUCACCUCUGUAAUGCUAUACAAAGUGGACAUCUUUUUCCGUGUCUGUUCAGAGCUUGCAUCAGCUGACAGUUACUGUGUUUGCACAUUUCUAUGCCAAUCAAUGCCUGUAUAUGGAUUGUUCUCCUGAUAUUAUUUUAGGUUAUGAAAGUUAAUAAAAAUCAAUCUCUUCAGA